AUGUCCUGCAGCUUUGGCUUCCUCGCUGACUAUGACGCGAUCCCCUCCACCUGUCCCAAAUUGACAAAUACGGGCUGGUGGUGCCUCUACACCGCCCUCUUCCUCCCCUACUAUCGAGCCCACGGCGCAGCCCUCGGUGGCUUGAGCAACUACACCACCUAUCGCGACAAGCCCAUCGCCUCGGUCAUCUGUGUCUUGGAUCCCGCCCUCAGCAUUUGA